UGCUUUCCAUAAGUGCAGCUCCACUGAUAAGCUAAAAUUGCAAAAAGCCCCCAAUAAACCAAAGGAAAAUUACAUUUUCUCGCAAAAUUGGUAGCUAAAUUUCCCUUGAUACCUUCUGGCAGCUGGAAGUCAUUUUUGUUUACAGUUUAAAAUCCUCUGGAAGGACAUCCGGCAACCAACCUGGCCGCACCGAAUCACCGAGUUAUCACUGCGCAGCUACAAUUGCAAAUUGCAUUUCACAAAGAACGUCAAUAUCUCUAAAUCAAAUUAAAAGUAUACUCUUUAGAUUGAAUUUGAGACCGUAAAAUGGAUCACCGUGUUUUUCUGUCGCUGAUAUUUGUGCUCAGCGGCACUUUCAAUGUUCUGGUUGUGAAGUGGGCCAAUCAACAGCAGGUGACAGGCAGCGAUGGCCAGCUACACGGCUUCCAGCAUCCAGUGGUCUUUACCCUUCUCAUGUUCCUGGGCGAGUUCUUAUGCUUUGUGGUUUUCAAAAUAAUGCGCCUGUUCUCUUGCCGACGUGGAGGACAUAUUGGCGAACUGGACAAUAUACUGGGUCAAGAGAGCAGCGAGUUUACUCCGUUGAGCAUGCUCUUACCCACGCUCCUGGACGUGGUGGCUUCCAUUCUUCUAUUCACCGGCCUGUACUUGACUUACGCCACCAGCUUCCAGAUGAUAAGGGGCGCCGCUCUGAUCUUUGUGGGGAUUUUCAGUACCAUGUUCCUAAAUCAUACACUUAGCUCACGCCACUGGCUGGCCAUUUUCACCAUAUCAUGUGGUCUGUUGGAUAUAAUAUCUUUGGAUGUGCAGCGUGUUGACUACGACCGAGUCACCUUGCCUCACACGGACCACAAGUCCAUUCUGACUGGUGAUAUGCUCAUCAUUAUUGCCGAGAUCCUGCACGGACUGCAGUACGUUUACGAGGAGAAGCAACUUAAAACCUCCAAUGUGGCUCCCUUGCAAGCCGCCGGCUGGCAGGGAAUUUUCGGAUUGGGUGUAACUUCACUUCUGGCCAUUGCUUUACACUUUAUACCUAGUGUUACGCCUUUCGGCGAAAGCUCCCGGGCUGUCUUUGACGACUGGAGUGAUCUGUGGACAGGCUUGAAGGAAAAUCCAACCUUGAUCAUGGCUCUUACUGCAUUCACUGUCUCGUGUGCCGCGUACAAUUUUGUUGGACUCUUUAUCACCAUGUACUCCUCCAGUUCCAAUCGGUUAUUAGCGGACGGUUUGCGAGUAUACUUCAUCUGGGUUUUCGUGGUCGUCAUGGAGUGGGAGUACAUUAACAUUAUUACCAUCAUGGGAUUCAUCAUCCUGCAAAUGGGUAUAAUACUCUAUCGUCAGGCUAUUUUCCUGGAUUGGUAUCGAACUCUCUUGGCGCGAUGGCAACGCGCCCGUUAUGUGGACUUGUCCGAUGACUCUGCCGGAGCACCUCGUAGCCAGCCGGCAGAUCUUAUUUAAGUAAUUCGAAGCUUGGAAGUGAUAUGAGAUGGAUUGUGAUAUGAGAGAUGGGCUGAAGGUCAACCAUGGGCUGAUUCAAAAAAAUAAAACACGAUUAUAAACACUAAAUUUGUAGAAUUAAUAAGCAAAUACACAUAAAAUGUUA